AUGCCCACCAUGCAAAUGUCCGGGGAGGUCGUGAUCAGCGUCAACGCGAUCGUCGCCCCCGGAAGGGAGCAGGAGUUCCUUCACGUGAUGAGCACGGCCGCGUCCGAGAGCCGGAUGGAGCCCGGGUGCGUGUGCUUCCACGUCUCCAAGCUCCCCGGCGAGCGCGCGUACAUGUUCUACGAGGUUUACCAGAACGACGCCGCGGUGGAGUUUCACAAGGGGACCCCGCACUACCAAGCUUGGAACAAGUUCAGGGAGACCGGCGGCAUUCAGAGCCUCAACGCGCAGGUGUGCGACGGUGUCUUCAUCGCCCCGGACGCUUACACCGCGUACGCCGAGCAAGAGCAGGAGCUGCGCGCGCACGCCCACAUGCACAGCCCCGACCACGACGGCCACGAAACGCGUUUCGACAGGGUCGAGGACACCUCCUCCCCGCAGAGGUUCUCCGGGGCGCCCAAGGGCUUCAGCCAUCCCCGCGGUCUCGCCGAGAAGCCCACCCGGCCGGGAUGCAUCAGCAACUUUGGCCACGGCGGCGUGCGGCACAGCAAGAAAGCCUCGCCCAAGGUCGCGGCGGCGGAGGCCACCCUGCGGUUCUACGAGGGUGGACUCGCGGCCGAGCACGGCGAGGUGGUGUACGGCCACAAGGACGUCCAGGGCUUGCCCCCGAACAAGGGAAGGGCUCGCGUCUCCGAGCACGACGGCGCGCAGCCGGCGUAUCAGGGCGGCAGCUUCAACAUGAAUCCCGCCGCGCCCUCGAGCUCGCCCGGCGCCAGCCCCGGGGGCAAGGCCAUGCACCAGGACUGGAAGAUGAAAUCCCGACACGACCUGCUCUGCCCCAAGCCCCUGCCUCCCGCCAAGCACCUGCUCCCGCCGAACCAGCCGUGGGCGGCGCAGAACCAGAAGUCGGUCUUUGAUGGCGGCAUGACUGCCAACGCGCAGGACGAGCCGAGGAGGAUGAGGCACCUACCGGAGAAGGAGUGGGCGAACCAGUCGUACAAGUCGGACUUUAAGGCUGGCGAGGGCACCGACCCCGGGCCCGAAAAGACGCCGGACCCGGAUGUGCCGUGGGCAAACGCCGAGAAGCAGAGCCACAUGGGAUUUGUCGACGGGACUCUGAGCGCGGCGGGGGGUCCGGUUUCCUACGGACAUCCCUCGACCAUGGGCGCCACCGAGAACCAGGGACGACGUGUCAACAAGGAGAUGCGGGAUAUGAUGCAGAAGAGCUACUACAAGGGGGCGGGCAUGGCGCCGCCUCCGCCGGUGAUGGAGAAGAGGGAGAUGGACCCGAGGCCCUGGGCGAACCAGCACUACAGCAAAAACUCCUUUGGGAACGGGAUGGCGCCCCCCGACGAGGAUCCCAAGCCCACGCCCCCCAAGCCCGCCGCACAGCCGUGGGCGGACGACAGGGAAGCCGAGCCUCGCGCGGGUGUCCCUCGACGCAUGGGAGGGCUUCGCGGGUACAGCAAGUGA